CUUUUGAAAAGCCUGUGAGGCACUGAUGAGUAAAAGACAGAAGAAUAUUCCAAGUGAUGGACUUGCCCAUGGGAAGACAUGGUUCUCUGUGCCACUUUGCAGGAGAUGCCCUGGGAAGAGCAGCCUGGCAAAGCUGGAGGAGGAUAACUGGAGCCCAUGGCUUGGCCACCAGAGGCCGUGUGAGCUGGAAUUUUGCAGUGUAUUCACCUGUAACUUGCUCAGAGUUUCCGUGUCCUCAGAGAAGGCUGUACUGGUGUGUGGAACUGCUUUAGAAGGUGGAACAGAAGAUAGAAGAGAACCCAUUGUCACAUGCAGAAGGCCAAAGCAGCCAGCUGUCGCAGUCGAGGCGGGAAGGCGACAUGGGUUUCAGGAUACCAGCAGCUUUUUUAUUGCAACGUCCUGCUGUCUGUGGUUAACCCUCUGCCAGGUGUAAGAAGUUGCAUCUUCAGUAUCUCAGUUUACUGAGAACCCAGAACCAGCUGGGCUCCCCAACACCCAACCUCUUUGUCUGCAUCACGAAGGAAGCUGAAAACACAGAGAGGUGACAAACUGGAGGUGUCUUGGCUCAGAACAUCUGGAUUCUUCAAAGUCAGCUCUUUCCAGGUUUCUGACCGAAGGGCCUGGGAGCUACCUCCACUGGUGCUGUGGGAAGCUUUAGCCAAGCCAAUGCACCCUGACAACAAACUGCCCAGCCAUGGCAAGGCAGGCAGCAGCGGUGCCCUGGCCCAGCACCACAAUGUGAGCCAAGCACCCACGUGUAACCUGGGCUCAAAGGGUGUGGGGGCAGGCAGCCAUGGCAGCAAGGCCACUCAGAUCUCCCCUGGCAACUCUGGACUGAAAAACAGCCAGAACACUGUCCCAAACUUCAGCUCCUUGAAGGGCAAGGUGAAAAGGGAACGAAGCAUCUCGGUGGACUCUGGAGAACAGCGAGAAGUCAGCACCCCAUCACAGGACACAGAAUCAAAAGGUGAGGUGGCUCCCCGUAGCAAGCGACGGUGCGUGCUGGAAAGGAAACAGCCAUACAGCGGCGAUGAGUGGUGCUCUGGGCCGGACAGCGAAGAAGACGACAAGCCCAUCAGCAGUGCACACAGCUGUAAUGUAGCAGAUCCUGCGAUGUCCACGGCCCCACAGCUUGGCCCAGGGUCCAACCCGCUGCCGAACCUGAGCGAGAGCAGCGCUUCCGGCGUGCCCCAUGGUGCUGCCCCCGGCUUGCGGUCAGAGGCUGUGGGAGGCGGAGGCAGCGGAGCAGGGAAGCAGCCGUCACAGUUCGUUUAUGUCUUUACAACGCACCUUGCUAACACAGCUGCAGAAGCUGUCCUGCAGGGCCGAGCCGACUCCAUUCUGGCCUACCAUCAGCAGAAUGUCCCGCGGGCAAAGUUAGACCAGGCACCUGCUCCUAAAGUGCUGGGGGUUGCUGAGCCACUUCCGAUUAACCCUCCUGCUGCCAACACUCCUCAGUCCCAGCCACCAGCCCCUCAAGCGAGUCAGCCACAGCCGCAGCCUCCGCCACCACAGCCUCCACCCCCCCCACCUCAAACCAUCAGUCAAACAGCUUUGCCUGCACCUCAGGAAGGGACAAGUGAAGAUGUCCGGAGAGAUCUGACUCCCAACUCUUUGGGGAACAACAGCAGCAGCAACCAGUCUGGAAACAACCACCCAAAUACACCCACUGCAUCUGCCAGCACCAUGCAGCCUGGGCAAGUGGACUCCUCUGCCGCCCCCAGCUCCAGCCUUCUGGGAGAGGGUCCAGGCCCAGGGAUGCCAGGGCAGGCAGGCCUGGGCCCCAGGAACGCCAUGAACUCGGAAGGGCUCUCAAAGGAGCAGCUGGAGCACCGAGAGCGCUCUCUGCAGACCCUGCGGGACAUUGAGCGUCUGCUGCUGCGCAGUGGGGAGGCCGAGCCCUUCCUCAAGGCCAGCCAAAAUGCAGGUGAGGGCGGCACUGCCCCUCAGCCACAGGCUACCCCUACUCAGCCCCCUGCACCCUCUGCCAGCAUGAAGAAGUAUGAAGAGCCUCUGCAGUCCAUGAUAUCCCAGACUCAGAGCCUUGGUGGGCCCAGCCUAGAACACGAGGUGCCGCACCACCCUGGCACUGACAUGGGGCAGCAGAUGAACAUGAUGAUGCAGCGGCUGAACCAGGACAGCCUGACACCGGAGCAAGUGGCCUGGAGGAAACUGCAGGAAGAGUACUAUGAGGAAAAACGACGGAAAGAGGAGCAGAUCAGCAUCCACGGCCGACCCAUGCAGGAGAUCAUGAUCCCACAGUCGAUGGGGAGCAUGAUGAUGCGUGGGCCCCCACCACCCUACCAUAGCAAGCCUGGGGAGCAGUGGCCUCCAGGGAUGGGCAGCCAGCUGCGGGGACCCAUAGAUGUGCAGGAUCCUAUGCAGCUGCGGGGAGGGCCACCCUUUCCUGGGCCACGGUUUCCUGGGAAUCAAAUGCAGAGAGUCUCCGGCUUUGGAGGGAUGCAGAACAUGCCCUUGGAUGCUCUUGGGCCCAUGAAUGCCAUGCAGAGACCAGUCAGGCCUGGCAUGGGAUGGAGCGAUGAUAUGUCUCCUAUGGGAGGCCCCGGGAACUUUCCGCAGGGCACCCUGCCCUACCCAUCAGGGCAAGGGGACCCGGAAAGGUUUAUGAAUCCCCGUGCCAGGGAGGAGAUUCUGCGGCAUCAGCUCAUGGAAAAACGCCCAGUGGCAAUGCAGAGGCCCAUAGGAAUAUCUGGCAACUCCAUGAGCCAGAGCAUGGAAAUGGAGAGGAUGAUGCAGGCUCACAGGCAGAUGGAUCCAUCCAUGUUUGCUGGCCAGAUAACAGGGGAGAGCCUGAGCAGUGCUGCAAUGGGAAUGGAUUUUGCAGGCACUCGGGGGAUGCUGAGCCCCCCUAUGAAUCAGGCAGGCCUUCGGGACAUGGAUGCACCCGUGGGCCCUGGCAACCUCAACAUGAACAUGAAUGUCAACAUGAACAUGAACAUGAACCUCAAUGUCCAGAUGACGCCACAGCAGCAGAUGAUGAUGUCGCAGAAGAUGAGGGGCCCCGAAAUGUUGGCCCACCAGGGCAUGAGCCCUGAGGAGCUGGCCAGGGCAAGGGCUCAGAAUGGCAAUGGUAGUGCAAUGCUAACAGGGCCCCAGAAAAUGAUGAUUCCCUCCCAGUUCCCCAACCAAGGACAGCAAGGCUUCUCGAGCGGGCAAGGACCUUACCCUAACAUGCCUCAGGAGAUGGGCAGUGGCUCGGACAUAUUCAGCCCUGAGCAGGGCACCAUGCCCGUUGGGAGCAUCAGUGGCACCACCAGGCUCAGCCACAUCCCUCUGCCUCCGGCUUCCAAUCCCACUCCCACACCAGGGGGAAACCUAGCCAACAUGCACCCAGCACCUUCCCGGGGGCUUGGCCGCCGGCCCUCUGACCUCACCAUCAACAUCAGCCAGAUGAAUUCCCCCAGCAUGGGCCACCUCAAGUCUCCCACCCUUAGCCAGGUGCACUCGCCACUGGUCACCUCCCCGUCUGCCAACCUCAAAUCCCCACAGACACCCUCACAGAUGGUCAGCAUGCCACCUGCAAACCAGUCAGGGCCUCUCAAGUCCCCCCAGGUUAUGAGCUCCUCUCUCAAUGUCCGGUCUCCAACCAGCUCACCAAACCGCCUGAAGUCUCCUUCUAUAGCUGUUCCUUCCCCUGGUUGGGUGCCAUCUCCCAAAGCCACCAUGCCCAGCCCAGGAGUCAACCAGAGCAAACAGACUCUCAGCAUGAACUCAUCUGCUUCCAUGGGAGCACUGGAUCAGGGUUCUCUCCCUUCUGGGCCUCGGAGCAGCUCUUCCGCGCCAACCAGUAACACCUCUAGCACCAUAAAUCCCAACAUGCCUUUUACUUCCUCUCCAGAUCCAUCCCCCUCUCAGAACCCGCUCUCACUGAUGAUGUCCCAGAUGUCCAAGUAUGCCAUGCCCAGCUCCACACCACUUUACCACAAUGCCAUCAAAACCAUCGCCACCUCUGAUGACGAGCUGCUGCCAGACAGGCCUAUGCUCCCUCCUGGAAGUAUGUCAGGUGUGACGGGGAAUCAGCCAAAUCAACUGCACUUGAACUCUGUGGGACCUGGAUCCUCUCAGAGCCCCAUGGGAAUGAACCUGCCUGGUCAGCAGCCCCUCUCCCAUGAACCGCCCCCCACCUCCAUGAUGUCCUCCCCAAACCCUCUGGGCUCCAACAUUCCUAUGCACCCGAGUGGGCCAGGGGCAGGCGUGCCCCCUCAGAACCCCAUGAUGAUGCCCCCGGGUCCCCAGGACUCAUUGAACCAGCAGUGCGGCCCUGUGCCCAACAGUUCACAGAUGAUUCCUUCUAACCAGCUCGUGUUCCCCCGCAUGCAGCAGCCCCACAACGCCAUGCCAUCUCCUGCUGGAGGCAUGCCCAUGGCUGCCAGUGCAGGAGGUGGCCCUGGGAUGCAGCAGCAUUACCCACCAGGGAUGCCCUUGCCACCUGAGGACCUUCCCUCCCAGCAGCCUGGCCAGAUGCCCCCUCAGCAGCACAUGAUGGGCAAGAACAUCCCUCCUCGGAUUGGCGAGCCCUACCCGCCCGUGCUUCCCGGGGUGGCAUCGGUGCUGAACGACCCCGAGCUCAGCGAGGUCAUCCGCCCCACACCCACAGGGAUCCCUGAGUUUGAUCUGUCCAGGAUCAUCCCAUCAGAGAAGCCAAGCAGCACCUUGCAGUAUUUCCCCAAGGGCGACAGCCAGGCGCCGAAAUCUCAGCCUUCCAACCUUCACCUCAUGAACCUGCAGAACAUGAUGGCUGAACAGCCCCCGGUGCGGCCAGGUAUGAAUGCCCCCAGCCUCCCCGGGCAGCAGGGCGUGCAGAGGGGACUCAGCAUGCCCAUGUGCCAUCCUGGACAAAUGCCCAUGUUGGGCAGGACAGGCAUACCACCCCAGCAAGGCAUGAUGGGCAACAGCAUGCACCAGGGCAUGAUGUCUCCACAGCAAAGCCUGAUGGCCCAGCAGAAUUUCAUGCUGAUGCAGGCCAAACAGAGGAGCAUGUCUGUGUCGGGGGAGAUGUAUGCCCAGACAGGACACAUGAUGUCACCUCAGGGCUCUCUCAUGGGGCCCCCGCCUCAGCAGAACCUCAUGGUCACGCACCAGAUGAGGCAGAGGAGUGUCUCCCUGGACAGCCAGAUGAGUUACAUCCCCGGGCCUGGGAACAUGGCGAACUUGCCUUUCUAACCCCGGCUGGCUCUCAGGGCUGGGGAGGGGACUGGGCUGCCUCUACAAACAUUUUUAAACCUUUCUGCAGGGAGGGUUGGGGGCCAAUGCCAGUGGAGGACACCACGUGGAAUGCUUUUCAUAUCGGAUUCGCCUCUACACAGAAAACCAUAUGUGCAGUAAACUUGAUGUGAAUUGG